AUGGCGUUGUCGUCAUCUUUGAGUACCAAAGGUUUCAUAUGGUUCAAAUAUAUAGCAGAUGCACAAAGCUUCACUGGAGGCGUAAGCUUGUUGAAUGGAUGGUGGGAUAGGAUUAACGAAUCUCAAGAAUGGCAGGAAGACACAUUUUACGCUCUCUGUGCUGCAUAUGGCCUCGUUUGUCUGAUUGCUCUGGUGCAACUUGUUCGUAUUCAAAUGAGAGUACCAGAAUAUGGGUGGACAACACAAAAGGUUUUCCACUUGAUGAAUUUUGUGGUCAAUGGAUUAAGGGCUGUUCAAUUUGGAUUUUAUUGGAGGGUUUUCCACAAAAAACCAAAAGUUUUAGACAUGAUACUUUUGGAUCUUCCUGGUCUUUUGUUUUUCUCAACAUACACGUUGCUUGUGUUAUUUUGGGCUGAGAUAUAUCAUCAGGCAAGAAGUCUUCCAACUGAUAAACUCAGACCAACAUACUUUAUUAUAAAUGGAAUUGUAUACUUCCUUCAGAUUUGCAUCUGGAUGUAUAUGAGAUUCAGCAAAAGUGAUGCUGCGGUAGAAGUUGCCGAGCUCUUCUUUUCAGUUAUCUCACUUGGUGCUGCUGCAGGGUUCGUAUUAUAUGGUGGGAGGUUGUUUGUCAUGCUUAGGCGCUUUCCUAUUGAAUCUAGAGGCCGUCAAAAGAAGAUGCACGAGGUGGGAUUUGUGACGGGGAUUUGCUGCAGUUGUUUCUUAAUAAGAUGCAUAAUGGUUGCAAUCGCCGCAUUUGACAAGAAUGCUGAUAUCCAUGUCUUGAAUCACCCUAUCCUUGAUUUUGCCUACUAUAUGAUAGUGGAGAUUUUGCCGUCUGCUCUUGUGCUUUUCAUCUUACGAAAGCUGCCUCCGCGACGAGCAUCCGAUCAGUACCAUCCAAUCAAAUGA